AUGCCUCCAUUUAUGAAAGUUUCCAACAGUUCUCACUUCCAGAUUACUGAGUUCAUCCUUAAAGGGCUUCCAGGAAUCUAUAACUGGCAGCAUUGGCUAUCUCUACCCCUGGCAUUACUCUACCUCUCAUCUCUUGGUGCCAACCUUCUUAUCCUGCUUACAAUCCAACAGGAGCCCAGCCUGCACCAGCCCAUGUACCAGUUCCUGGGAAUCCUUUCUGUUGUAGAUGUGGGCCUGGCCACCACCAUCGUGCCCAAGAUAUUAGCUAUCUUCUGGUUUGAUGCCAAGGCCAUCAGCCUCCCUGAGUGCUUUGCUCAGAUCUUUGCCAUACACUACUUCCUGGCCAUGGAGUCAGGCAUCUUCCUCUGCAUGGCUUUUGACAGAUAUGUGGCUAUUUGCCAUCCCCUCCGCUAUCCAACUAUUGUCACAGACUCUUCUGUCUUUAAAGCUACAGUAUUCAUGGUGCUCAGAAAUGGACUGGCUGUUAUGCCAGUGCCUGUGCUGGCUGCUCAGAGAGAUUACUGCUCCUCGAAUGAGAUUGAACACUGCCUGUGCUCCAACUUGGGGGUCACCAGUCUGGCCUGUGAUGAUAGGACACUCAAUAGAAUUUGCCAACUAGUCAUUGCCUGGACACUAAUGGGUGGUGACUUGUGCUUGAUAAUCCUUUCCUAUGCCCUGAUUGUCAAUUCUGUACUGAGAAUGAACUCUGCAAAAUCUGCAUCCAAAGCUCUGAGCACCUGUAGCUCCCACCUUAUCCUCAUCCUCUUCUUCUAUACAUCCAUUGUUGUGGUGUCUGUCACCCACCUAGCAGGGAGGAAAUUUCCCCUUAUCCCUGUGCUAUUCAAUGUGUUGCACAACAUCAUCCCUCCAGCCCUCAACCCCAUUGUAUAUGCACUCAGGACGAAGGAACUUAGGCUGGGUUCCCUAAGAAUACUCAGGGUGGCCACAGAGUACAGAUAA